AUGGUUAGAUAUAUUGUAGAUAUACAUACUGCACUGUCCCGAGCGUCAGAACUCCCCCAUGGUGUCUCCCAACUCGUCCCCUGUGAGUCAGCACAGGAAACCCCAUGUCACAGACUCCGCCCACUGCAGCACAGGCCCCGCCCACUGCAUCCAACACCUGGGACUGCCCCCCGUCCCUCCACGGCUGGACCUGAUCCAGAAGGGCAUCCGCUCCCCCUCAGCCAGCCCCACCGCCUCCCCCAAGUCCUCUCCAGGUAUGUCUCGCAAGCAGGACAAGCCUCUGCCUGCACCUCCUCCCCCUCAGCGAGAGCCUCCUCCACCUCCUCCCCCCGAGCGUCCACCCCCAUCCCCCCGGAGUCCCGCCUGUCCUGGCUCUCCACCCCCCUGUCCUCCUCCUCCAUCUCCACCUCCACCAGUGCCCUGCCCGACUCGCACCUGUCCAAAGACCACCACCUGUCCGACUGCUACCGCGCCCCCGCCACGGAGCACCCUGCCCAGCUGGGUCUGAGCGGGUGCCCCCACCUCCACCGACGCCCAGAGAGCUGCCCGUCCAUCGGCUCCACGCGGAACCACCAUAGAGAGGGGAGUUCAGACAGCAGUAAGCCUUUUUCCAAUGGAGUACAAGUCAGUGAUGAAUAUGACAUCCUCCCAACGCGCCUCUCUCCAACUCAGCCCUGCCUCGCCAACAGCCACAAAUCGUCCAACCCCUUUAGCAGCCCAGCCGUGGAGAGAAAACGCGGAGCACCAGACCGACCAGAGAGACCAGAGAGACCAGAAGACGAAUACCAGAUCCCCUCAUCUAACCUGUGUCUGAGCCAGGCCCCUCUCUGCAUCUCUGUGCCCACCAGGCACUUAGAGAACGGGUCCCCUGAGCCCCAUGUGGAGGAGAGGAAAACCAGACCAGACCCAGGUGUACCCCCCGAGUCGGGUAGCAGGGGCGCACCUGUCUCCUCCUUCAACGCCAACAAGACCCCCUGUGACUAUGACAUCCUACUGCCUGCUUCAGCUUUAGAAGAUCCUUUCAACAGCCGUCCCCCCUCACAGCCCCCUCCGCCCCCUCCUCCUGCCAGACACAGCUUUGUGGACCUCUCCUCGUCUUCAUCAUCAUCUUCAUCCUGUAACUCCUCUUCCUCAUCUGCCCCGAGCCGACCACACAGACCCUGCUCCGGACAUGAGCACCUCCUGUUGACCCCAGACACAGUGUUUGACAUGCUGAACAACGCUGCUCCUCUGCCUCCUGUCCGAAGACACGCCGAAAACACGAAGGGCCUCAGAGGAUGCCUGGAUCCAGACCUGAUAGCAACUAGCCAAGUGUCCAUGGAGUGCUUGCAGGCCCCCGCUCGCCCGCCCAAGCCCCUGCCCCGAAACCUCCACUCAGGGAAACCCCACGGCCUGGAGUCAGAGAACGUGGACGCCAAGAUCGCCAAACUGAUGGGCGAGGGCUACUCCUUCGAGGACGUGAAGCGGGCGCUCAUGAUCGCGCAGAAUAAAGUGGACGUAGCGCGGAACAUUCUGAGGGAGUUUGCGCUGGUGCCCCCCCGACUGCACCUCUAGUUUGAGGGUCCCACGUUGAACUUUGGGCUCCCUAAAUUAUGACUAUGUUUGUUUUUUUGUGUUCAGCUGUGCCUAUGUGGAGCUACUCAAAGGGCUGCAUCAGUGGAAUAAGUGGCACUGGGUACAUUUAUAUAGCCAGGAGAAAUCUGAUAACUAGAGUGAUUGAAUGACUCAGUAAUUUGAUCUGAAAAGGAAGUGAGCAUGAGGGCACGUCUGACUCCAUCAGCUCUGGCUCCAAUUGACUUUACACUGAAAUAUUGUCACCCCUCUCUCUGUAACUGAUGCAGAGAGUGCAUUUUGGUCCGAAAAUGUUCGUAUUAAUCUGCUCUACUUGACCCUGGUGUUUUUAUUUCACUUUUUUGUACGAACAUAAAUUCUCAUUCCUAAUAUGGAACCGACUCCAAAUUUGCUCGUAUAACUGCUAGUAGGGGAGCUGGCAGGAAAGACAAAGGGAUCUGUUGUACCAGGCCUCAGGGUUGCCCAAAUUUCCAUUGAUGAGACUGAAUACUAGCCUCAUGAGCUUCAUUUGACUGGAGCCAAAGUAACUGUUGUAUUUGGAAGACAAAGUACAAUUCAAUUUUAAAUUAUUCUUUCAGUCUUUAACAUUUUUUCUUUUGUUUUUGUCUUCGCCACAUUACAUUAUUUUCGAAUAAUUUUCUUGUCAACACGUGCACAGGUGUGGCUGCUUUAUCAGAUCCAGGCUUUGUUACAAAGACGUGGGGAGUUCUGAUUAAAAAGAGGCACAUUUUCAUCUCAGAUUUUCUCAUUAGUCAAUCUCAAUGUGACAGUGUGAUUUUAUGAUUACCAAUUUACACUUUAAAAAAUUGUUUUAGGUGAUGCAUCUCCACAAAUCUUGAUUUCUCAAAGAAAAAUAACAAUACCGCUGUGCUUAAACAUGCUUUGAUAUUCAGCAUCACUAUCUGUCUUUUUUGUGAUUUUGUAGGUUUCAUGUUCUAACAGUUCAUGUGAGAAUUUAUGUUUAAAAUUACAUACAAUUGUUUAAAUUAAAGGACCCAUACUACACAACGUUCUGAUCUAUGUUUUAAUUGUUUCCUCAUCACAAACAGACCUGGAGUUGUGUUUUGUUUCAUUCACACAUGUUUAACACACAAAUCUUCAGUUUUUCUCUCAAACUGAAAACACUCUGUUCCACUUUAUGAUGUCAUGUGGUAAUACAGGAAGUGCUCCACGAUGUUUUUAAACUCCAUACGCCUUCACUAGAAUUUCAGCCCUAGAAUUUCCAAUCUUUACUGAACAAAGGGUAAAAGGAGCUGUUAACUUGAAACUACUCCUUCAUGACAUCACAAGGUGGAACAGAGCUUUUAUGUUUUGUAUGUAGACUGUAUCUUCACAGAAUCCUAAUAAAGGAUUGCUCAGACAUGUGUGAGUGAAUGAAACAAAAUACAACUCCAGGUAUGUUUUUGACGAGGUAAUAACAUUAUAACAUACCUUAAAGCUACCCCAGAGUAAAUAUUCCGCAAUAUAGGACAUUUAAGUGUCAUAAAUUGGGGGACAUGACAGAAUUUCCACUAGACUAGACAAGACACAAAGUUGGGUCCAUGAGUACAACACAGCAUGUGUAUAACUUUGUCAAGUAGAGAUUUCCUAUGGCUGACUUUGUUUACAUGCACACCAAAAAUCAAAUUUCUGUAUGAUUGUUUUUGACGUGGGACGACAGGUUUUGACAUGUUUGACAUUGAAAUGUCACAAAAAAAAAGCUAACUAUUGUGGCAAAGACAAAAAUGAAAUACGAAAUGUUAAACACUGAAAGAGUUAUUUUAGUAUUCAUAGUACUUUGUCUUUCUUGUACAACAGUUUCUAUAAAAUCCAUGGAUUAAGUGACACACAGCACCCGAUGUUUUCAGAUUUUUUGUGUGCGUGUAACCACACACCAAAAUCACAUCUAAUUAUCGUCUUAUCUGAAUAUUCCAGUUUUCAGAUUUUUCCUGACCGUGUAAAUCCUCCACUGUCCGUAGCUGUCUGACAGGCAGUUAGCGCUGUUGUCCAGUAGGUGGCGGCAGACUCCAUCUGUUCCCGGUGCUGUGGGUGCCCCUGGUGACUGUGCCGAGAGAGCACAGUGAGUCUGGCCGCGCUGUGGCUCACAUGUACGACUUAACAAGGUCUGGUGAAGCAGGACCCCCACAGCCCGAGGAGGAAGCUUUAUUGAUCCAGCCCCUGACCUGAGCAGGAGCAGACAGGAGGGAGGGACGGGGGCGCUGGCUUUUUGUUUCUCCUCCAGGACCAUGGGAUUAAUUAUAAACCAGGGCCUUUUUAAAUUGCUGGGUUUCAGAUGAUGUCACAAUAUUCUCAAGGACAGUAAUAAUUAAAGGUUCGUUAUGUAACUUUUAUGGUGGAGGGUCCGUCAAACAUUUUUCUCCAUGGACAUAUUAUUGCUUUGUCUGGAAUGUUUAACAGUAUGAUAUUAAACCUUUCAAUCUUCAUGGAGACCAAAACAGACCAAGUUACAGGUCGGAUCUGUGGAAAGGCAACCCCACUCACAGUCAGAAUGCCUGUUUUUCUAGGUAUUUUUGCGCUAUAAAACCAUCUGUAAUAAUAAAUGUAAAGUAGAGCUGUUAAUAGUCAUACUGAGCAAUGACAUAUCCAUAGAAACAAGCAGGUGACGGACCAAACCAAAAUGUUAUGAGGAGGCUAAAAUUGACAGUUCUUGGGGUCUAGUCAGUAAUCUAAAUGAUCAGGUCCAACUUGUGUGGGUAUUUUACACUGAAGUACAACAUUAUCAAUAGUUGAAAAUGUCUCUUACCCCCCAUCUGGGAGUAUGACAUCUUCAGUUUUUAGAAUCUAAAUCUACCAAUAGACUAAUAAUAUAUCAUAAACUUUUUUGUUGGAUUGGUUUGUAGGAUCUAGUCACGAUCAGGUCCAACAUUUAUGAAUUUUGUUUUUAGAUAUCUUUUAUGAAAGUACAGCUUAAUUAAUCAAUCCAUCAAUCAAACUUUAUUCAUAGAGCACUUUUUAUACAAAAAUGCAACACAAAGCGCUUUACAGUGAUUAAAGCGCCCCCCCAAAGCUAAGAUAUAAAGUUUGCUCUUGAGAUUACAUAAUUAAUGACAUAAUUAUCUUUUUCUUUUUUUUUUUUUUUACUAACUACUACUAACUAACUAUUUGGAAUCUGGAAACUUAUACUGUCUGGAAUCUGGGACACUAACUAUCUGGAACCAGUACAUAAAGCAAAAAAGAAACCUCAGCACACAAAGCAACAUCAGCACAUACAGCUGACAAAAACAUAGUACAGACAUAAUCGACAAGACUAACCAGAACUUUUUCUUUUAAUUUAUUGCAUUUAUGGAUACAAAUUAUUAUAUAAACAUAAUAAUGAGAACGGGCUCUUACCUAUCUGAGAGUAUAACAUCGUCACUUUCUAGAUUCUGAAAACCACCAGUGCUUGGGUUUCAGAACGCCAUGGAAAUUAACAAUUCAAAACAAAAUAUUACAUCUUUAGAAUGGUAAACCGUCCUCAAAAUGUCGCCAUGUUACAGGAAGCUGAUUUAAGCCUAUAGCCUGCUAUAUUACAACUAAAAUCUGCAUUUCGGUUAUAUUUAUUUUAUCUUCCCCCAUGUGAAUCAGACAUUACUGCCCUGUUAAAUGCAGUUAUCUCAUCUGAAGCUCAGCAAUAGCUUUUGUUCACAUAACAUCACAACCUUGUAUAACCCCUAUAGUUUAAAAUGAAGCUGGAGAUCAGACUUUGAUGGUGGAGUUUGCUGUUUAACUGUCAGACUGCAGAUUUGUUGACCUGGUUUAUGGUGAAUAUCUCUGUAAUUACUGGGUCUGUCCACAUGAAACAAAAACUGGCACAAAGUUCAAUAUCUUCUCUGUCAGUAUAAAUAAAAACGUGAAAUCAUUUUCUCUACAGUA